GAGCUCCCUCCCUGAGCCCUGAGGAAGGUUGGCCCUGCCCUCUGAGGGCACUGAAGGAGCCACUGCAGCCAGCUCUGACUGCACAAGGCAGACGUGUGACCCCUUCAGCCAGCUAUGCCUCUGCUACCUGGCACUGUGGGCCUGGCAGUCCUGCUCCUCUGGGCAGACCAGACAGUGAGCGCCUUGAUGCCCAAUGCCACCCUAGUGCUGGCUUGGACCGAGGGCACAGCUGGGCGACCCCUGAGUGGCCUGGGGGUGCCCCACUGCCGGCGGAAGCGCCACAUCUCUGCCCGGGACAUGAGUGCCUUGUUGGAUUAUCACAACCACAUCAGGGCCAGCGUGCACCCACCAGCUGCCAACAUGGAGUAUAUGAUCUGGGACGAGCAGCUGGCCAGGUCUGCUGAGGCCUGGGUCACCCAGUGCAUCUGGGCCCAUGGGCCCUCACAGCUGAUGAGAUACGUGGGCCAGAACCUCUCCAUCCACUCUGGCCGGUACCGCUCGGUGGUGGAUCUGAUGAAGUCUUGGUCUGAAGAGAGGCGGCAUUACUUGUUUCCAGCCCCAGCGGACUGUCACCCGCACUGCCCCUGGCGCUGCAAUGGCCCGGUGUGCUCCCACUACACCCAGAUGGUGUGGGCAUCCUCCAACCGGCUGGGCUGUGCCAUCCACACCUGUGGCAGCAUCAGCGUCUGGGGCAGCACUUGGCAUCAGGCAGUGUACUUGGUCUGCAACUACGCUAUUAAGGGCAACUGGAUCGGCGAGGCACCGUACAAGAUGGGGAGGCCGUGUUCCGCCUGUCCCCCCAGUUACCAAGGCAGCUGCAGGAGCAAUAUGUGCUUCUCUGGGCGCAAAUCCAACCAGCUCCUGUGGUUCUGAAUUUUCCCGGGGCUCUGGCGGGCCUCCGAUGGGCCUAACCCUCUAAGGGCCCUUAGAGAUCAAGUCGAGGAAUUUUUUUUUUUUUUUUUAAGACAUGAAUUGGACUCCACUAAUCUGGAUUUUUCUUCCUGAUUCCAUUUUCUAAAUGUCUAGCACGUGCCGGAAAAUAACGCCUUCCUUGUCUUCCUUCUUUCCUCAGUCGCUUCUUUUUCUCUGGUCUCCAGAAAAGAGGCCUGUUUCUAACUGACUCAGUUCUCAGACAGCCAGGCCUGGAAGGAGCAGAUCUGGGACUCUCAGGCCUCAAACUCACAGUGCUCGACCAGCCAAUAAAAGGUACCUAUUAAAUAACCUUUAUCCGGAAACUCAGCUUCAUUCAUCCAACGGUAGCCAGCCAGCUCUGGGCAGCCUUCGGAGACCUGUGGUCGUCUCCUUGAGUUGGGAACAUUUUUAGGCCUGAGCUUUUGAAAAAAAUAAUUGAAAUUAGCUUGUGGACACCCCACUCCUAGUGCACAUUCCUGGAGGCACCACAGGGUCCAGGCCCCCCUUUCACGGCGGGUACGUUGAGGCUCAG